AUGAAAAUCAAGCACUACCCCGGCAAAGCUGUGGUCACUGACCCAGCAUGGCUGGAACUAGACAUACCGAACGCCUCUAGAGGCAAAAAGUAUGAAGCCAACUGGGAAGAUGCUCAAAAAUCUUUAUCCAACCAUAGUUCCGCUUCAAAUUCUUGGGACAAAUAUAGUCACAAGAGUUUCGAAGGCACCGUCUCCUCGAGAUUAGGGCAGUAUCAAAGUAUUUUAGAUGAAAUUAAAAAAGACAAUGAAGAUCACUAUAAACCUAGAAGUAAUAAAGGAAGUGUCAGAUUAAAAUACCACAGUGAUAAAUGUUUAUCCAGGAUCAAUGCUAAAAACAUGACAGAUAUAGAUGAAGAAUUAGCGAAAUACUUCUUGCCUCCGAAUCCUAAAAAAGAAUUAGAUGUACCUAGACCUAAACCAAGAAAAAAGCUAUUAGAUUUGCAACAGCAGAAAAGUUUUGAAGAUAUGCAAAAGCAGCUAAAGAAAACUGUAAGGUUUGACGAGAUUUGUACGGAAAUAACCAACGGAACGAAAGAUUUAGAACAAGAAGACGUAUCAGAUAGUGAAGAAGUAGCUCAAGAAAGAGUUAACACAUGGGUAGAUGAUCAAAAUAAAUAUCUCUUGACCUCUGAUAGCGAGAAGAAAGUAGCGACAGUUAAAAGAGCCGAUAGCGGGUAUUACGAACAUUUUGAAAAACCCAGACAAAGGUUACCACCUAAAAAUAUCUAUCCUUCAUCGACGUCUUCCUCUUCUUCUUCAAGCCCCAGAUAUUCAUUUGAAACUAAGACUUCAUCGACUUCUACAGAUAGUGAUUACAACGAAAUAUACAGCCUGUAUAAAGAUGGAUCGUCUCCAAAGCACAAAAUUGUGAUACCCCAAGUGAAGACUCGUGAAAAAACAGUUUCUCCUCCGCUUCAGAGAGGAGGUUGUGAUUCGAAUGAUUUUGUGAUACCGAGACCGAAAUUGAUCGUGCCUGUUCAUACUUACGCGGUUAGAAAGAGAAGGACCGGAAAUAUUUUAUCGGAGUGUUUAGAUGCUGAUAGUGGUACUAAGAAGAAGAGCUUGCAGUUGGAUAAAAGGAAACAAGACGGCAAAGUUGAAGUGUCUAGAGAAAAUAAAAUACUGCAUCAUUUGGAUUCCGGAAAAGUUUUGGGAGAAUUAGCAAUAUUGUACAACUGCCAGAGGACUGCUACCAUCAAAGCUCAUACAGACUGUAAAUUAUGGGCCAUAGAAAGACAAUGUUUCCAGACGAUCAUGAUGAGAACUGGUCUCAUCAGGCAAGCAGAGUACACAGACUUCUUAAAGAGUGUUCCAAUAUUCAAGACGUUACCUGAAGACACCUUAAUCAAGAUUUCCGAUGUUUUGGAAGAAACUGUCUACGCAAAUGGCGAUUACAUCAUCAGACAAGGAGCCAGAGGUGAUACCUUCUUUAUUAUCAGCAGGGGUAGGGUAAAAGUUACUUUGAAGAAGCCUAACAAUCCGAAAGAAGAAUUCAUCAGGACCUUAGGAAAAGGAGACUUCUUUGGAGAGAAGGCAUUACAAGGGGACGAUCUAAGAACUGCCAACGUAAUAGUAGACGACCCUGAAGGAGUUACUACCCUGGUGAUAGACCGAGAGACAUUCAAUCAAUUAAUUUCCGAUCUAGAUGAGAUCAGAACUAAAUAUAGAGACGAUAAUGCUGAAAGAAGAAGAGUGGACUCGAUUUUCGAAAACGUCAAACUCUCGGAUCUCGUCAUAUUGACAACCCUAGGAGUUGGAGGCUUCGGUAGGGUGGAGUUGGUCCAAAUCAAGGGUCGCCCUACCAAAUCUUACGCUCUCAAGCAAAUGAAGAAGGCCCAGAUUGUCGAAACGAGACAACAACAGCACAUCAUGUCCGAAAAAGAGAUUAUGGGCGAAGCGAAUUGUGAUUUUAUUGUUAAGUUGUUCAAGACGUUCAAAGAUGCCAAGUAUUUGUACAUGUUGAUGGAGAGCUGCUUGGGAGGGGAGUUAUGGACCGUGUUGAGAGAUAAGGGACAUUUUGAUGACGCAACCACCAAAUUCUGUACUGCUUGCGUCGUAGAAGCCUUCGACUACUUACACUCUAGAAAUAUAAUCUACAGAGACUUAAAACCAGAAAAUCUUCUUCUCGAUAACUCAGGCUAUGUAAAACUAGUCGAUUUUGGUUUCGCCAAGAAAUUACAAACUGGAAGGAAGACGUGGACUUUCUGUGGAACACCAGAGUAUGUCGCACCCGAAGUAAUUUUGAACAAAGGACACGAUAUCAGCGCCGAUUAUUGGUCUCUAGGAGUGUUGAUGUUUGAAUUGUUGACAGGAACACCACCGUUUACUGGUUCAGACCCGAUGAGGACAUACAAUAUAAUCUUAAAAGGAAUAGAUCAGAUUGACUUUCCAAGAUCUAUCACUAGAAAUGCACAGGCUCUUAUCAAGAGGUUAUGUAGAGAUAAUCCUGCUGAACGUCUUGGCUACCAGAAAGGUGGAAUUAGUGAUAUUCAAAAACACAAGUGGUUCGACGGUUUCAACUGGGAGGGUCUAAUUAAUCGAACUUUGACGCCUCCAAUUAUUCCGAGGGUGCAAAACGUGACAGACUCUUCAAACUUUGAUAAUUACCCACGUGAUACUGAUGAACAGCCACCAGAUGACAUAUCCGGUUGGGAUUCCAACUUUUAG